GGAACGUUGAACAGAAAACAGGAUAAAAUUUCGAUGAAACCGUGACGACGAGGAAGGCUGGAUCAUUUUUGGGAACAAGUGAAAAGUGUGUGUGUGUGUGCAGCAGAAAAAUUGAGUGUUGAUUUAUAGUGCCAAAACUGUACGCACAUUAAUUAGAUUUAGUUUCUAUUUGGUUGCAUCUGGCUUUUAUUAGUUUUGUUAAAAGCUUUGCUGGACACAAAACAGAUACUUCAUCAGUUGAUUCCUUUGUAAGUGAACAGAGAUAGUUCAACUAAAUCAAAACGAGUUUAUAUCUUCUUUUUUUGCACUGCUGUCUGGAUUAUGAUACGAAAAUCUAAUUAAGAAGAAUGAUAACAGGGAAAAUUAAAACCGUUGUAGUGUAAGUGCUCACGUGAAACGCAAAAAUAAAAAUACACAACGCCAGUGAAAGUUGCCUUCAAAAAAAUAUUUCUGCUUUCGCGAAUAUUCAAAAAAAAUAUUGUAUACUGAAUGAAAAAAAUGGGAAUGAUCAGUGGUAUAAUGAGCUGUAGAGUGAAAAUGAUUGGUGCUGUGUUUCUGGUGAUAUGCUGCUGUUUCAGUUAUGCAAAAGGAGGCUGCCUCAGCUAUGGCCACUCAUGUUGGGGUGGGCACGGAAAACGAUCGGGACCACCGUCUGGACGAUCCAUGACACGGUCCAUCCCUGCACCACCCAUGGCCCCCUCAGAUCUAUGGCCCGCUAUUGAACGAAUGAAACCACCCGGAGGCAAAGGGCCACUCUAUGCAGCUCCAAACAGUGUCUACUAUCAACAACUCGGACGAAUGUUUAAAGUUCCUCCAGUUUCCAUUAUGGACCUAGUGGGUCCAGAUUCGUCAUCGUCAUCAAACGAGAAUGAUGAUAAUUCCUCGAAAACGGACGACGACGAAAAUAACGGAGAUUCCAGCCUCGAAAACCACAACGCACUCCGAUCCCGAGAGGACCAGUUGCGACAGAGGCAACUGAGGAGAAAGGCUGCACUCUUCGAAACCGCAACCGCCGGAGCAGGCAGCUCGAAUGAAGAUGACAUCGGUCAGCUGCUUCUGGAUGCGGCCGCUUCGAACCGGGACAACCAAAAUCUGUUCAAACUGCUAAAUUCACCCCCACCCCGGAAGUUUGAGCGUGGCACGUAAAUCAAACAAACGAGUGGGGAAGAAACAUUGACGAGACAAAAAAAGGACACUGAAACGAGAUGGCUGAUAUACAUUUUACUCUUCGUUACUAUGAAGUCGAUUGGUUCGAGAUUUGACAAAGCGGAAGUUUUCUGCAUAUUAUCAUUACCGUUAACACUAGCAUGAAUAGGAUUAAGGGAAAGCAGUAUUUAUGUCCUGUACAAGCGCGAGUACUGCCUACUGCUGGGCUGGAAGUUGGGCAGAACUCGCGAA